AUGGGUAUGCACCACAGUUGUGGAGAAAUCUCUCCGUAUGAUAACAACUCUCCGGUGCUCUCCGAGUGGUUUCAUCCAUCAGGACUGGAGCAUCAGAGUCCCACGAACCUCCAGCAUGCUCUCGAGAGGAACAACACUGUGAACUUCUGCCUCUCACCCUCAGAAGCCGGCGCCGGGGAAACCAUACAUGAUAACGCUCGUAUCUGGCGAACACGACACGCUCUUCUGUCAGGACUUCAUGACAAACUCCUCACAGGUUCGGAUGGACACCUGUAUAGACACGCCUCUUCUGAUGUUUUCUACGAUGACGAUAAUGACAUGAAACCUGUGCACGAGACUCAAACGUCCCAUACGAACGUCUUCGCUGAAGGUAAAGCGCACCUGCAGGUCACGAGUGCAGACGGCAGUCCUCUGAGCUCCCCACGCCAUCACAUGCAUCCUAUCGCAUCGAGCCGCUGGACUGAAUUUAUUUCAAAUCAUAGGAGGUGGUGGUUCUUGGUGAAAAAGAAGACAGAAUUACUUCCUUGUGCUUUCCGUGCAGCCGCGUGUCACUUCCUGUCAGGGCGCGGCGUCACACGUGCCAUCCAAGAGCUUCGGAGCGGAGCAGCAUCCAGACUGGCCCACAGAGAAGUGGCAAAUAUGGCAACUCCUGUCAUCAGACAGCAUAGACACACUUCCAGAGACUAUGGUGUGAAACACGCAGAUUACACGGACAGUUCACCCAAAAAUUAA